UGGGGAGGGGGGUGUUGGGGGGCGGUGCGGGUCUCCUGGGCGCAGACGUCACUCCUACCGCAUCUGCAAAGCUGGUCUGCACUCAGUGGGGACGAGGACGAAGGAAAUGGGCACCCCCCGAAACUCCACCCGUAUUUUCUCAAACGUUAACAUAUAGUACUAGCGAACAUUUAUCGAGUACGGACAGCACACCGAGCCCUGAGCUGAGCGCUUCCCCUCCCGCAUCUCACUGAAUCCUCCCCGCACCGCUUUGGGGGAAAGACUGCUCUGUGCCCCUUUUCCAGGCGAGGAAACGGGCUCAGAGAGGAGCUUGAUUCCCGAGGAAUCUGACAUUGUGCUACGACGACACUCUCUUCUUCCCGUCACUGUUUAUCUUAAACUGGAGGACUUGGCGGCCCGACCCUGGGCCUGGCACUAGAGGAGUCCCCCAGCUGGACUGAGGGGCGACUGGAAACACAACCCCUCCUAGGCUCAGGGGAGUCGGCAGGGCCUGGGGUCACUCCUGCGGGGCUAGGUGCUGUGGGGAUGUCACACCCUUCUUUUCAUGGCAAUGCUUUCCGCAUCUUCAUUUUCCGAUGGGAAAACUGAGGCCCGAUGUGGCUAAGUGACUUGCCUGAGUUGACACGGAGAGAGCCAAGAUUCGUCCCCCGGUCUGUCUGACCUGACUGCCUGCCAAGCCAGCUCUCAAAAGCAUGUCUCUGUGCCACUGGGGUGCCACCACCAGGGACAGCAGGCCUGAUGGCAAUGGAGCUCAGCCCAUGGCCACCAGGGGAGGCCUGAAGGUCCUUCUGCACUGGGCUGGCCCUGGCGGCGGGGACCCCUGGGUCACCUUCAGCGAGGCCACACUGACCGCAGAGGAGGUCUGCAUCCACAUUGCACAAAAAGUCGGCAUCACUCCAUCCUGCCUCAAUCUCUUUGCCCUCUUCGAUGCCCAGGCCCAGGUCUGGCUGCCCCCAAACCAUGUCUUGGAGAUCCCCAGAGACAUGAGCCUCACGCUGUACUUCCGCAUGAGGUUUUAUUUCCGGAACUGGCAUGGCACAAACCCCCAGGAGCCAGCUGUGUACCGCUGUGGGCCCCCAGGGCCCAAGUCUUCCUCUGAACAGGCAGAGCAGGGCAUGCAACUACUGGACCCGGCCUCCUUUGAGUACCUCUUUGAGCAGGGCAAGCAUGAGUUUGUGAAUGACGUAGCAUCGCUGUGGGAGCUGUCUGGCGAGGAGGAGAUCCGCCAUUUUAAGAAUGAGAGUCUGGGCAUGGCCUUUCUGCACCUGUGCCACCUUGCCCUGUGCCGUGGCGUCCCCCUGGAGAAGGUGGCCAAGAAGAUCAGGUGUCUGGGAAUGCGGCGGGAACGGGUAUCUGGGAGCCGCAAGAGACCUCGCCUACUGUGCUUCAAGGACUGCAUCCCACGCUCCUUCCGGCUGCAGAUCCGGCGGCACAAUGCGCUGACCCGACUGCGCCUGCGGAACAUCUUCCGCAGGUUCGUGCGGGCCUUCCAGCCGGGCCACGUCUCACAGCAGGUCGUCAUGGUCAAAUACCUGGCCACGCUCGAGCAGCUGGCACCCCGCUUCGGCACGGAGCGCCUGCCCGUGUGCCACCUGGAGUUACUGGCCCAGGCCGUGGGGGAGCCCUACUACCUCCGGGACGCCGGGCAGGCUCCCCCAGAGCCUGGGCCGGAGUUGGCCACCGGGCCACCCACUCACGAGGUGCUGGUGACGGGCACAGGUGGCAUCCAGUGGCGGCCGGUGCGGGCAGAGGAUCCCAGAGGCGAUGGCAGCAGCAGGAAUCCCUGUGCUGGCCCAUCUGGGAAGGGAACCAAGGCCCCAGCAGCAGGCGACCAGCCAGCAGACAGGCCUCAGGAAGCGCUGUGGACCUACUUCUGUGACUUCCAGGACAUCACACACGUGGUGCUGAAGGAAUGCCACGUCAGCGUCCACUCUCAGGACAACAAGAGCCUGGAGCUGACCCUGCCUUCCCGGGCCAUGGCCCUGUCCUUGGUGUCACUGGUGGACGGCUAUUUCCGCCUGACCGCAGACUCAAGCCACUACCUGUGCCGCGAGGUGGCGCCGCCACGGCUGGUGAUGAGCAUCCAGGACGGGAUCCACGGACCCCUGCUGGAGCCAUUUGUGCUGGCCAAGUUGCGGCCCGAGGACGGCCUCUACCUCAUCCACUGGAGCACCAGCCACCUCAACCGCCUCAUCCUCACGGUGGCGCAGAGAGAGCAAGCCCCAGGCACACAGCACGUGCACCUGCGCAAAUUCCCCAUUGAGCUGCAGGCCGGGGUCUUCACGCUGGAGGGCUGGGACCGGUCCUUCCCCAGCGUGCGGGAGCUGCGAGCUGCCCUGCAGGGUUGCUGUCUGCGGGCUGGCAACGACUGCUUCGCCCUGCGCCGCUGUUGCCUGCCACGGCCUGGAGAGAUCUCCAACCUCAUCAUCAUGCGGGGGUCUCGGGCCAGCGCCGCUCCGCCCAACCUCAGCCAGCUCAGCUUCCACCGGAUCAGCCAGGAUGACAUCACCCAGCUGUCCCACUUGGGCCAAGGCACCAGGACCAACGUGUACGAGGGCAUCUUACGAGUGGGGGGCAGAGACCCCAAGGAGGGCACGGCAGACAGUGAGGACCCCCCCACACCCAGUGGGGACUGCGGGCAAGAGCUCCGGGUGGUCCUCAAGGUGCUGGACCCCAGUCACCACGACAUCGCGCUGGCCUUCUACGAGACAGCCAGUCUCAUGAGCCAGGUCUCCCACGUGCACCUGGCCUUUGUACAUGGCAUCUGCGUGCAUGGCUCCGAGAACAUCAUGGUGGCAGAGUACGUGGAGCACGGGCCCCUGGACGUGUGGCUGCGGCGAGAGAAGGGCCACGUGCCUGUGGCCUGGAAGGUGGUGGUGGCCCAGCAGCUGGCCAGCGCCCUCAGCUACCUGGAAGACAAGAGCCUGGUUCAUGGUAAUGUGUGUGGCCGGAACAUCCUGUUGGCACGGCUAGGGCUGACGGAGGGCACCAGCCCCUUCAUCAAGCUGAGUGACCCCGGUGUGGGCCUGGGUGCCCUUUCCAGGGAGGAGCGGGUGGAGCGGAUCCCCUGGACAGCCCCUGAGUGCCUCUCCGGCGGAGCCAACAGUCUGACCACUGCGGCUGAUAAAUGGGGCUUUGGUGCCACCCUCCUGGAGAUCUGCUUCGAUGGGGAGGCCCCUCUGCAGGGCCGUGGCCCCUCCGAGAAAGAGUGCUUCUACCAAAAGCAGCACCAGCUUCCUCAGCCCUCCUGCCCGGAGCUGGCCACACUCACCAGCCAGUGCCUGACUUACGAACCAGCUCAGCGGCCCUCCUUCCGCACUAUCCUGCGGGACCUCACUCAGCUGCAGCCCCAGAAUCUUGCUGACGUCUUGGCUGUGAACCCUGACUCACCUGCGUCAGACCCCACCGUGUUCCACAAGCGCUAUUUGAAAAAGAUCCGAGAUCUGGGCGAGGGCCAUUUCGGCAAGGUCAGUCUGUACUGCUACGACCCCACGAACGACGGCACCGGCGAGAUGGUGGCCGUGAAGACCCUCAAGGCGGACUGCGGCCCCCAGCUCCGCACCAGCUGGCGGCGGGAGAUCGACAUCCUGCGCACGCUGUACCACAAGCACAUUGUCAAGUACAAGGGCUGCUGCGAGGACGCAGGAGAGAAGGCGGUACCGCUGGUCAUGGAGUAUGUGCCCCUGGGAAGCCUGCGGGACUACCUGCCCCGGCACAGCGUGGGGCUGGCGCAGCUGCUGCUCUUCGCCCAGCAGAUCUGUGAGGGCAUGGCCUACCUCCAUGCACAGCACUACGUGCACCGAGACCUGGCGGCCCGCAACGUGCUGCUGGACAACGACAGGCUGGUCAAAAUCGGGGACUUUGGUCUAGCCAAGGCUGUGCCCGAAGGCCAUGAGUACUACCGCGUGCGCGAGGAUGGGGACAGCCCCGUAUUCUGGUAUGCCCCAGAGUGCCUGAAGGAGUGUAAGUUCUACUAUGCCUCUGAUGUCUGGUCCUUCGGGGUCACCAUGUACGAGCUGCUGACCUACUGUGACUCCAGCCAGAGCCCCCCCUCGAAAUUCAUGGAGCUCAUAGGCCUCACCCAUGGGCAGAUGACGGUGCUGAGGCUCACUGAGCUGCUGGAACGCGGGGAGAGGCUGCCCCGGCCGGAGAGAUGUCCUUGUGAGAUCUAUCUCCUCAUGAAGAACUGCUGGCAGGCGGAGGCCUCAUUCCGCCCCACCUUCCAGAACCUCAUACCCAUUCUCAAGACCAUCCAGGAGAAAUACCAAGGCCAGGCUGCCUCAGUGUUCAAUGUGUGCUGAAGCCUAACAGUGGCUCUUGGGGGACCGGAGCAGGCGCCCACCCAGAGGGCCUCCCCGGCCCCAGAGGAACCCGACAAGGAGAGGCCGGCCUCACCGUUCCCAGUGCCUUAUUCCUGACCAGAGCUGCCACCUCUGUGAAUGGACUUCCCUUCUGUCUUACACCCUUGGGUUGCUGUAGCAGUCUUACGGACAGGAUGGCUUAUAAACAGAAAUUUAUUUCUCACAGUUCCGGAGGUUGGGAAGUCCGAAACCAAGGUGCCAGCACGGUCACAUUUGGUAAAGGCCCUCCUCUUGGUUCACAGCCGACACCUACGGGCUGGGUCCCCACAGGGUCGGGGAGGCGCUGGGGAUCUCACUGGAGUCCCUCUUAUAAGGACACUUAAGGCCAAGGACACCCUCAUGAUUUAGCACCUGCCAAAGGCUCACCUCCUGAUACCAUCAUAUCAGGCAUUGGGAUUUCAAUUUGCGAAUUUUGAGGGGACACAACCCUUCAAACUGUCACACCCUCCUUGGUUAUGAGCCUGGUGCAGGCCCCUGAGGGACCCAAGGACAAGCAAGGACCUAAUCAGGCCCUUGAAUCCAAUCUUCUGGCCUCCCCCCUCCCAGCCUUAGUUAGGGCCCAGCAUUUCCACAAGCUGGUAAUAAACUCAUAGGUUCUCUGCUGGAGGCCGUGUUCCUUGGGCCCUUCUGCAGCCGGUGUUUGCUGUCCUGGGCUUUGCAACUGGAGCAGGACGCUGCAGAGGAAGCCAGACAUAUCUCUGACCUUUGCUUCGACCGAAUCCCCAGCUAGCAGGCCAGUGCCUGGAGCACAGAAGGCUCGUGAGAACUACUCGCAUAGAGAUCAACCAAGAAUGCAGGGCUUGGAGGGGCCCUGCACCAGGUAGAUAAGCUUUCCGGGUUCACGCUUUCCUCUCUGUGUGACUUCAGGCAAAUGGCUCUCCCUCUCUGGGCCUUAGCUCUCAGCUCUGAACUGGGCAUGGUCAUGCUGGCUACCUAGGGGACUCAACGGAAAUAGCUAAUGGGGGUCUUGAAGUCAGAUGCUUAGUGGACAGAUAUGCGAACAAUAUACUUAAUAAACAUUUUAUAUUCUUGUUAA